GGCCUAGGUUGUUGGUGUAGCAUUUUACUUUUCAGUCCCUGUCCAUCUCGCAUCCGAGAGAGAGAGAGAGUUCGAGGCAGCUACCGGAGAGAGAGAGAGAGAGAUCGCACAAAACAACAUAUCACACAUCACACAUCACACACAGCAAGAGAAAGAAUAGUAGAAUCGUGUGGAUCGUUUGCAGAAGAAGAGGUAAAGAGAAGGAGUGACCGAAGCGAAGAUGUUACCCACAGCUUCCAAAGGACGUUCUUCUUCCUCCUCCUCUUCCUCUCGACCUAACAAUCCCAUGCUGCUUCCCUACCUCCGCAGAAUCAUCAAGUGGCAACAAAUGGAUAUUGAAUAUACUUUUUGGCAAAUGCUUCAUCUAUGUACGUCCCCGAAAGUUGUCUAUCAGCAUACUAAAUAUCACAAACAAACCAAGAAUCAAUGGGCACGUGAUGAUCCUGCAUUUGUUGUGAUCUGCAGUCUUCUUUUGGCAGUUGCAACUUUGGCUUAUUGUGCGGCGUAUGACCAUAGUACUGCACAUACACUUCUUGUUAUCUUCUCAGUGUUGUUUUUCCACUUUAUAUUGACUGGUGUAUUUCUGGCAACAUUUUGUUGGUUCCUGACAAAUUCUUAUCUUCGAGAAGAGGCUCCAAAUAGUUAUGUGGUUGAACAGCGUGUUGAAUGGAUGUAUGCAUUUGAUGUGCACUGCAACUCUUUCUUCCCAUUGUUUGUUUUGCUCUAUGUGAUCCAUUAUUUUCUAUCUCCUCUAUUGGUGGCUCAUGGUUUCAUUCCAGUAUUGCUGUCAAAUCUGCUGUUCAUGGUCGGCGCUUCAUACUAUCAUUAUCUAAAUUUCUUAGGUUAUGAUGUUCUGCCCUUUUUGGAGAGGACCACCUUUUUCCUGUACCCAAUUGGAAUCGUAAUUGUCCUUUCUCCAAUUUUGAUUUUAAGUGGUUUCAAUCCUUCUAGUUACUUUAUGAACAUGUACUUCAGUCGACAAAUAUGAUCAUUCCAGCUAGAACUUUUGACCUAUCGGUGUCCUUGUUGAGGUUAUAGAGUAAUCAGAGAACUGCAACAUGAGAAGGCUUUAAUGAAUGUUUGAUUGUUUGUUUGAAGAAUGCAGUGGCCCAGCAAUGCCUCAUUUUAGGCCUUCUAAUACUACUACUACUACCAAUCGAAGUUGGACUGUAGCGAGUCAGGGUAGUCAUUGUAUUUUUUACAGUUAUUAGAUAGAAUAUUUGUUCAAAUGAAUAUACUCAAUUGUAAUGAUUUUUCUUGGUCGAUCUACUAACAAAGAACAAUUUUUAUUGAUAUAUUCUUUCAUGAGGCUAGAUAUAAUUACUCUCCAAAUGAAAUGUCGUUGGCUCUA